GGUGUGGUCAGUGAUGGUGGUUGAGGUGACGGGUGUGGUUGGGUUACUGUUAGAUGACAGUCGGUCAGGGUUACAAUGUUGGUUUAGGGAUAGAUAUAGCGUUACAAUGUUGGGUUAGGGUUAGAUAUUUGACUGUGGAUCAGGGUUAAUGUCAUUUCCAGUUUUAGUUGUAAAUGGGGGGAUAUCAGAACCAUAUACAGUAUGUUAUCUUUAGCUUAACUCUUUAUUUAAUCAGGCAGGUCUAACUUCUUAUUUACAUUGAGGACCUAAGAGAGUGGGUUAGAGUGAGUGACAGAGUUUAGCCAUGAUGGAACAAACUAGUUCUAAGACAAUACACUGGAAGUGACUUGUCAUGCACUUGUAGUAUGUACCUAUUAGUAGCAUAGCGUGCUGAAGACAAGCAAAACAUUCAAAAUAAAUCAGUGAUUUUCUUCCUGAUUCACAAGUGAUUAGUGUAGUUGUGUCUCUAGUGAUGACCUGAUGAUAUCAAUGUCAUUGCGUAUUUCAUUUUUUUUUUAAUGGUUUAUUGACACAUAUACCGGAUAGGUAUUGUGAAAUGUGUUGUUUUACACUAGUUGUAGAAUGGUAGACUGUCUUCAUGGAAUAUUUGCAGCUAACAUGGAUGAUGGUUAAGAGUCAGUCAGUUUCCCAGACUCAGAUCUAAAAAACAUAGAAGGGUUAGGACCAAGGUGAAGGGGUAGGAAGUGAAUUGGGACCGUCCCUACUCUGGACUAAAAAUAUUCUCACCUCCUCUCUCCAGAGAGAUCACACCCUCAUGAUGCCCUUUCUCCGUCCCCCUCUCUUCCUCCACACCUCUCCUCCCCCCAUGUGUUGUGUUGUCAGCAGGUUUGACAGGGGACAGGGUUGUGUAUCUUAUGUACAGCUGGCCUUAGUGCCAGACCAGCAGAAACACAAGAGGCCAUCUGACACAUGCACGUGUACAUCCACACACACACACACACACACACACACACACACACACACACUAUAACCACUCUAUAACACAUACGGUUGAAUGUUUCGCAAAACUUGGUGCUGAUCAUUAAUAUGGAUCUGCAAUAAAAUAGUGUGCAUAACAGAUGCAUGCAAUGUACCUGCCAGCUGCAGUAUUCCACACUAGUUUUGUAGUAAGUACUGUACUGUCUAUUUGAAAAGUUACAGUCAUAUUUGUCCAGAUCUCUGGAAUGUUGCGGGACUGUGAGUUACUGUUAAAUGAACAAUCUGUCAUUUAAACAGCCUGCCCUGCUGCUUGGUUUGGCAUUCUGAAGGAUGGGGCUGGGAAAUCUAACCACUCACUCAAAUUUAAAGACAGAGCUAGUUUGGAUGCAAAAAGUGACAUUUAAAAAAAAAACGUUCCUUCUCUCUGUGUCUUUCUCUCUCUAGGUGAUGACAAGUAGUCGUAGGGCCACCCCGGCACAGCCCAGCCCCUCACACCUGUUUAUCAACCCCAAUGCCUCAGCAACCCCAGAACCUGGGCCUGGAGGCCACACCCCCACAAAGUUUAUGAGCGAGUUGCACUCCCUCCACAGUGAGUAACAACCGAUCCGGGGUGGGUUUCUAGAGCCUUCGUAGCACUAAGUUCAUUUUUAGAACCAAGUUAAAGUGCAGUUGAAGUGCAUAAGUACUCAACUGAGAAAUAAAAUACUCUCACAAGCUAGUGAAACCCGCCGGUGUUAUAAAAACACUUGGUAUUAAUGUAUUAUUAACCGUGUGUGUGUGUGUGUCUUUGUGUGUGAGUGUGUGUGUGUGUGUGUGUGCGUGUGCGCGUUUGUGCAGUGCCCUCAUGGGCUGUAGGUGCUCUAUGCAUGGUGAGUGUGUGUCUGGUGUUGUCAUGCAGUUUGUGUGUGUGGAGGAAAUGUCUGAAGAAGAAAGACAAGGACACAGAGAAGGAGAAGGAGAAGAAGGGCACGAAUGGCUUGAACAUGGACACUGAGCUGGAGGGAGGCAACUCUGAGGUAUACAGUUGAAGUCGGAAGUUUACAUACACUUAGGUCAUUAAAACUCGAUUUUCAACCACUCCACAAAUGUCUUGUUAACAAACUAUUGUUUUGGCAAGUCGGUUAGGACAUCUACUUUGUGCAUGACACAAGUAAUGUUUCCAACAAUUGUUUACAGACAGAUUAUUUCACUUAUAAUUCACUGUAUCACAAUUCCAGUGGGUCAGAAGUUUACAUACACUAAGUUGACUGUGCCUUUAAACAGCUUGGAAAAUUCCAGAAAAUAAUGUAAUGGCUUUAGAAGCUUCUGAUAGGCUAAUUGACAUCAUUUGAGUCAAUUGGAGGUGUACUUGUGGAUGUAUUUCAAGGCCUACCUUCAAACUCAGUGCCUCUUUGCUUGACAUCAUGGGAAAAUCAAAAUAAAUCAGCCAAGACCUCAGAAAAAAAUUUGUAGACCUGUCACGACUUCCUCCGAAGCUGCCUCCUCUCCUUGUUCGGGCAGGCUUCGGCGUUCGUUGUCACCGGCCUUCUAACCACUGCCACUCUAUAUCUCAUCAUUCCAUUUGUUUUGUCUUGUCUAUUACACACACCUGGUUCAUAUCCCCUCAUUAGUACAUGUAUCAGUGUUCCCUCUGCCCCCCUUGUCCUUGUGGGUGAUUGUUUAAUGUGAGGAGAGAGUAGCUCGGUUGAGCUACGUGUACUUUGUAUUGCCGGGGUAUAUUUUCCCUGUGCGCCUGUUUUGCGCACUGGACUGGUUGACGCUAUCCAGCGUAAUUUUGUACUACGGAAUAAACUCUGUAUUCUGUGAUUUACCCUUCUGCGCCUGACUCCUUCAAAUCACCUCUCACAAGACCUCCACAAGUCUGGUUCAUCCUUGGGAGCAAUUUCCAAAUGCCUGAAGGUACCACGUUCAUCUGUACAAACAAUAGUACGCAAGAAGGAGACGUGUUCUGUCUCCUAGAGAUUAACGUACUUUGGUGCGAAAAGUGCAAAUCAGUCCCAGAACAACAGCAAAGGACCUUGUGAAGAUGCUGGAGGAAACAGGUACAAAAGUAUCUAUAUCCACAGUAAAACGAGUCCUAUAUCGACAUAACCUGAAAGGCCGCUCAGCAAGGAAGAAGCCACUGCUCCAAAACCGCCAUAAAAAAGCCAGACUACGGUUUGCAACUGCACAUGGGGACAAAGAUUGUACUUUUUGGAGAAAUGUCCUCUGGUCUGAUUAAACAAAAAUAGAACUGUUUGGCCAUAAUGACCAUCGUUAUGUUUGGAGGAAAAGGGGGGUCACUUGCAAGCUGAAGAACACCAUCCCAACCGUGAAGCACGUGGGUGGCAGCAUCAUGCUGUGGUGGUGCUUUGCUGCAGGAGGGACUGGUGCACUUCACAAAAUAGAUGGCAUCAUGAGGAAGGAAAAUUAGGUGGAUAUAUUGAAGCAACAUCUCAACACAUCAGUCAGGAAGUUAAAACUUGGUCGCAAAUGGGUCUUCCAAAUUGACAAUGAUCCCAAGCAUACUUCCAAAGUUGUGGCAAAUUGGCUUAAGGACAACAAAGUCAAGGUAUUGGAGUGGCCAUCACAAAGACCUGACCUCAAUCCUAUAGAAAAUGUGUGGGCAGAACUGAAAAAGUGUGUGCGAGCAAGGAGGCGUACAAACCUGACUCAGUUACACCAGCUCUGUCAGGAGGAAUGAGCCAAAAUUCACCCAACUUAUUGUGGGAAGUUUGUGGAAGGCUACCCGAAACGUUUGACCCAAGUUAAACAAUUGAAAGGCAAUGCUACCAAAUACAAAUUGAGUGUAUGUAAACUUCUGACCCACUGGGAAUGUGAUGAAAUAAAUAAAACCUGAAAUAAAUCAUUCUCUCUACUAUUAUUCUGACAUUUCACAUUCUUAAAAUAAAGUGGUGAUCCUAACUGACCUAAAACAGGUAUUUUUUUACUAGGAUUAAAUGUCAGGAAUUGUGAAAAACAGAGUUUAAAUGUAUUUGGCUGAGGUGUAUGUAAACUUCCGACUUCAACUGUACAUACACACACACCCAUUGCAGAGUAUCAACUCCCUGUGGAGUGCUGCACAGAAACGUUUAAUAAAAAGCGCAGCUUAAUACAAUUUAGGCUGUGUAUGUCUCUGCUGGUUACUGUGUAUUAGGUUUCGCCUAUGUGUGUGUGUGUGUGUGUGUGUGCGUGUGGGUGUGUGUCCUGUAGCCCCUGAAGGAUGAGGGUGACACAGAGACCGGAUUGACUGGCAGGGAGGAGGAGGAGCCUAAAGAGGAAGUGAAGUUGGGCAGACUGGAGUUCUCAAUGGACUACAACUUCACAGAGAACACGGUGAGGACUCCUUGUUUCAAUCCCUGCUCUAACACAUCUGAUUCAGCUAACCAAGGUCCUGUGGAUCAGCAGAUUAACCAGUCUGAGUAACAACAAAUCACUCCAUCAGAGACAUAAUAUAGCUGUGGGUAAAUUCUCUCUCCCUCUCCCUCUCUCUUUUUCCUCCCUCUUUCCUCACCCUCUCCUCUCCCUACCCUCUACCCCCCUUCCCUGUCUGUAGAUGGUAGUAGGUAUCCUGCAGGCCUGUGAUCUCCCUGCCAUGGAUGUGGGGGGAAGUUCAGACCCGUAUGUUAAACUCUACCUUCUGCCAGACAAGAAGAGGAAGUUUGAGACUAAAGUCCACAGGAAGACACUCAACCCAACCUUCAAUGAGACUUUCACCUUCAAGGUACACCUAAUUCCCCACCUCCGACCUCUAAACCCUAACCCUGACCCCACAUUCAACAAAGUGUUUGUGUAUGUGUGUGUGUGUGUGUGUGUGUGUGUGUGUGUGUGUGUGUGUGUGUGUGUGUGUGUGUGUGUGUGUGUGCGUGUGUGUGUGUGUGUGCAUACUGUAUGUGUGUGUGUAGGUACCGUACAGUGAACUGGGAGGCAGGACUCUGGUGAUAACAGUGUAUGACUUUGACCGUUUCUCUAAACACGACGCUAUUGGAGCACUACGAGUACCAAUGAGCAGCCUGGACUUCAGUCGGAUGACACAGGAGUGGCGGGAGCUGAAGAAGGCAGAGAAAGAGGAGGUGAUAAUGGAAAAACUAGGAGGAUAGAUAGAUAGUGAAAAAGAGAGAAGGAAGAUAUAUAUAUAUAGGAAAGAAAGUCACAAAGUUACAAGGCAUUUAACUCCACAAAAUUAAAAAAAGAAUUCACAGAAAGAAGAACAAAACAAAAAUGUCAGUACUCCUCCUCCCAUACCUCUCUCUUCCUCACUCCCCUUUCUCUUUCUCUCCAGUCAGAGCGGCUGGGUGAUAUCUGUCUGUCUCUGAGGUACGUUCCUACAGCAGGGAAACUAAGCAUCGUCGUCCUCGAGGCCAAAAACCUAAAGAAGAUGGAUGUAGGAGGACUAUCAGGUGAGCUGAGGGGCGUAGAUGUGGAUGUGGGUGUGUGUGUGUGUGCGAGAGAGUGUGUGUGUGUGUUAGGCUGAUCUCUGUCUCCUCUGUCAGACCCCUAUGUAAAGAUACACCUGCUGCAAAAUGGAAAGAGACUGAAGAAGAAGAAAACCAGCAUCAAGAAGAACACUCUCAACCCUUACUACAAUGAGUCCUUCAGCUUCGAGGUGCCCUUCGAACAGAUACAGGUACGCUCUCUCACCACACACAAACACACAUAAACACACACACUCUCUCUCAUCCCUUAUUACAAUGAAUCCUUCCUCAUUGAGUGGCCCUUCGAACAUAGGUUUGUGUCUGUGUUUGUGUGUGUGUAGAAGGUGCAGGUAGCAGUGACAGUGUUGGACUAUGAUAAGAUUGGGAAGAAUGAUGCCAUCGGGAAGGUUUUUCUAGGCGGAGCCAGCAGCGGCACAGAGCUCCGUCAUUGGUCAGACAUGCUGGCCAACCCCCGCCGGCCCAUUGCCCAAUGGCACGGCCUCAAAGCAGAGGAUGAAGUCAACGCUGAGCUGGCCGCCAGGAAA